AUAAUCCAUACGGCUAAACGUUGACUGAUGAGAAGAACUCGACAGUGCGAUUGGUGGCUCAAAUAUCGAAACCAAGCACGGUUUAAACGGACGAUAGACUUCGCAAACUUUGGAGGCUGAUAGCGUCCAUUUUUAUAUUGAUCUUUGCGUCCCCACGCAGGGCGCGGUUUUAACAAAACAGCGUCACAGUGUAGAGUAGCCUGUAUAUGUAUUAUGUAUAUAUGACCUGUUUAAACAUCCGUCACGUGACCACCAAUCGAAGAGCUCUGGCAAAAGAGUUGUGAGGUGUGCAUACAUGUCUAACAUCGUAUGUAACAGCAUACGUUAACAUAGCGAAUUUUUGCGGAUACACCCACCGUUUAAUAUUGUAGGUGCGGGAGACACAACCAUUACCCAGCCACUCAGCCGAAAAUCUUCUUGUAUUGCGCGAGGAUUUCAAACGAUAAAUAUGAGUGUCGCACCAGUAAUGGACCUAAAAGAGCAGCCACCGCAAUACAAUCAACAGCCACACCCCAUUCAACAGGGCUACGACCAGCCUAUGCAACCACAGUUCCAGCCAGUACAACAUACCAGUCAGACGACGGUGAUAGUCCAACAGCCCCAGAGCACUGGUCCGCGUUUUAAGAAUGUGCGAACUUGGAGUUCCCCUCUGUGUGGAUGUUUUGAGGACAUCACAAGCUGCCUGCUUGGUUGGUGUUGCCUGCCAUGUUACGAGUGUCAUUUGUCAAUGAGGAUGGGUGAGUCCUGCUGUGUCCCAAUCUGUGUCCCCGGCGCUAUGAUUGCACUGAGGGCCAAACUCAGAGGAGAACAAGGCAUACAGGGCUCUGUGUGUGACGACUGUGUCACCCAAAGCUGCUGCGGACCAUGUGCUACAUGUCAGCUGGCGAGAGAGCUCAACUACAUACAAUACAACGGCCUCUAAUUUGACGCACCUCUUCCCUGCUCCAGGAAAAUGCUGUCAAAGUUUGGCUUCAAGAUUCCUACAUGAUAAUCAUCAAUUGCUUGUUUGAAUGUUUGUGUUUACAUUAUACACGCAUGCUUUUAUUGUUAUUUCUUUCACAUUUCACGCUAGCUGCUUCGAAAAAUAGUCAGUCAUAUUCAGGUAAGAGGUUGAGUAUAGUGCUGUGUUGAAACUUUUAAUGAAAUAAAUUACCUCUGUUGCCAUAACAAGUGCAUGCGAAAAAUAUUUCUGAAAACGUUAAAUGAUUCGAUUAGUUACUAACACGUACCUAUGUUUGUUCUUGUGCUCUACUGUUAUUGCUGAGCGUUGUAUCGAAAAGUCAUGAGUACAGUCAGUGUUUCGUAAAUCUUGACUAUACGGCUGAGAUGGGAUAGAUUGUGUGCUAUACUCUUGUGUUUACGUCAUAAUAAACCUACGGAAAUAUGCCAUUUUUAAAGGCUAACUGCACCUGUGCCAUAUGUUGUGUGCUUUAAAGUCUUUUGAGUUUUUUAUUUUCAAUUCUUUUGAAUAAUAUAACAUGCAAAUAAGUAUUGAUAUGUUCUUUGGCUAUGUACUGCAUAUAAAAUUAUCUUCGUGAUGCAUUAGUUACUUCUUCAGUUUUCUAUGUACCUGUAAGUAAAAUAAUGAUGUUGAAGAUAUCCAAAGCUGACUUGUGAUACAAUGAGACGUUCUAGCUAUAUUUUAUUUUCCUUUUUUUUUGGAAUAAAAAAUAUUUAAGUUACA